ACGGCCGUUGUAUGUUGACUGACUGCAUUUGCGAUAUUAUAAUUUAUUUUGAGUGUUUGCUCUAAAUUGUCUGUAUAUAAUUGCACUUAUUCUGUAACAUGUUUGGAUGUUAUUUCCAAUCAUAGUGGAGAAUAAUAUAGCCGCACGUUGAGUUAAUAACUACGCCAUGUUUUUCGAAGACGACGACGACGAGAGAGUCGAAAGAUUUCUCAAUCCCGAAAUACUUCACGUCGUCCAUCGUGAACUCUAUGCCUUUACUGCCAAUUUGGAUUAUGCACGAUAUGGUGUCGGUGUGCGAUCUGUACCCACUCAUACUGAAGACGGGAUACCGAUUAGAAAGAUAUAUGUGUCCAAUCUGCCACCAAAAACUACUCGCACAGAGCUGUUCAAUGUAUUUGCUCAGUACGGCUUCAUAAAGAGUUGUUGGUUGCGGAUGGGUGAUAAGGGCCCCAACAGGAUUCCAACCCCGACAUAUGCCUUUGUGACGUUCAGCAAUCCCGCUGAUGCUCACAAAGCACUGUUAGCACCGAACCAUGAAAAGAUUUUACGUGGUCGCAGCUUAAGAAUAUCUCCGGCUGACAGUUGGCAUCAGCCGGCUGAAGAUGAAGACAACAAAUUUAAGAAACCUCGUGGAAACACUAGGAACAAAUCGCAUGCCUCCAACAGUAAAGACCCUCAGAGUAGUAAUGCAAAUGGUGAAUCUUCCACUGACAGCAAUGAAACAUCUGAGGGAAACCCUAGUGAAGAGACGGAGGAUGCGGAACCUACCUAUAACAUAUUGGACGUGCUGAAUAGGGAUUGCAUGACCCAUGUGUUAACCUUCAUACCCAUCAUUGAUCUCAUCAGAUCGGAAAGAGUGAGCAAAUCUUGGCAGAACAUGGUGACAGAAUAUUUGCACAGUAUCCGCACAUACAAAACAUCGUGGUGGCAGCACGAAGUGAGCCUGACGACGGCGGUGCUCCGACGCGUGCUACAGCGACUCGGCGGCUCGUUGGCUCGGCUGCACAUCGACCACCAUUUGUUGGCGCUUAACGACCGCACUGCGCACUCCAUCGGCAAAUUCUGUCCAAACUUGGAGGAGCUUAAGGUUAUUGGAAUGCAUACGAAAAAUUGGAAUCCAUUGCUCUAUGGGUGUAAGCAGUUAAAGAACCUCUCCUUUAUUUCGUGUAAUAAGCUCACAGAUUCGAGUUUAGUGCAUCUUGUUAAAAACGAGUCCUGUAUUGAAGAUUUGACAAUAGCAAACAAUACGCAUGUCACUGGCCUCUUCUUGACUGGCUCAAAUACGUUGACACUGCAAUCGCUGGCUUUCUAUAACUGCUACAACCUACAGGGCACUGUUCUAUGUGCGGCUAUUGACACUCUUCCCAACCUAACCACCCUUAAAUUGGACGUGUGCCCUGUCACUAUGUGGAAAAUCGUACCUUUAAUACUCAAGAAACUACCGAAAUUAGAAGAACUGUCGCUAAGUGAAUACACAUCGGCCGAACUUUGUCUCUCGCCGCAGGGAAGCGAUGCCUUCUGUGAAUCACUAUCAACCAUGACAGAGUUGAAAUCGUUGAAUUUGAGCAGAAAUAUCUACAUAAACAAUGCAGUUCUAAAACAAGUUGGCCAGUCGUGCCACAAGCUAGAAACGCUGAAUGUGGCCAGCUGCAAUUCAAUUAGAACUUUCCCACAUUCAGGUGUGGGUGACGAGGGCCUGAAAGCCGUGUGCGCCGGUUGCACGGCGUUGAGAAGACUUGACGUGUCCUACCUCGGCGGACUAUCAGACGCAGGGCUUCGAUGCGCGUCGCGACUGUCGCGGUUAGGCUGGCUCACGGCGCGCGGGCUGGCCUCGCUUUCGGCCGCUUCUGUGGUGCACUGCCUGCAAAAGUGCCACCAGCUCGAGGAGAUCGACCUGUGCGGGUGCGACAACGUGUCGGAGGCGGUAAUAUCGGCGGCGGUGGAGGCACUGGACGCGCGCGCGCGCCCGCUGCCGCUGCUGCUGCGGCUUGGAGGCACCGCCGCCAGCAUACAGGAGACAUUCUCGCUCGAGACUACACAGCAGGACUACCCUUCGCACAAGCUGCUGACCGUCAACAUGCACGAAGACCGCAGCAACCCCAACCUCAGGCCGGACUUCGUGGACCGCGUGUUCGACUACAGCUCCGACGACUCGCUGGACGACCUGUUCGACCACGAGCUCUAUGAGGUGCAGGACUUCGACGACUUCCUCGCUGGCGGUGAGUGUGUUCGAGUGACGCGAGCCCGCAGCGACCCAACCUCAGGCCGGACUUCGUGGACCGCGUGUUCGACUACAGCUCCGACGACUCGCUGGACGACCUGUUCGACCACGAGCUCUACGAGGUGCAGGACUUCGACGACUUCCUCGCUGGCGGUGAGUGUGUUCGAGUGACGCGAGCCCGCAGCGACCCAACCUCAGGCCGGACUUCGUGGACCGCGUGUUCGACUACAGC